AUGGCUAACUACAACCAUCGACUGUGGCUCAAGCUUUCUUUCGCCGAUGACAUUUUCCGAUGGGACGCCGAUGAUUCUUACCUUCAAAACGGAGAGUUCCACCCCGUUCCAUACGCCAGCGCAGCCCAUCUCUACAAUAGCAAAACCGCCAUGUCCACUCUCAGAGCUGUCCCGACUCUCAAGAAGAACUGCUACACCGUCAACGUCGGUGAGCGUCGGAAGGUUCUGGUUGAAGCAAGCUUCUUCUAUGGAAACUACGACGGCAAAAACUCUCCCCCUACCUUUGAGCUUCACUUUGAUGGCAAUUUCUGGGCCACUGUCAACACUACGAGCCCGAGAGGGGUGUAUCAUGAGGCCAUUUAUGUUACCAAGAGAAACAUGACUAGUGUUUGUGUUGCUCAGAAAUUUGAGGAUCAGACUCCUUUCAUUUCUGGGCUGGAGAUUCGAAGCUUAGAGAUGAGCAUGUAUAGACAUGUUGAUUCUGGGCUUGCUCUGUUCUUGUCCAGUAGAGUUAAUGCUGGUGCAGGUCUCUCUGGUAUCACAAGGUACCCAGACGACCCUUAUGAUCGGAUCUGGAGAAUAGAAGGUGGCUUUUUAAUAGUUCUUAAUGUGGUCAACGAGGCUCCAUCCAUUGAUACAAGCAAAGCAGAAAAUCAACCACCUGUUUCUGUUCUUCGAACUGCAACAACGACCAUAGAGAUUCCAUGGAGUCUUGUACUCAGCACAGACCUAUCUGCCACAAGUGAAUCUGUUUAUAUCACUGCCUACUUCUCUGAAGUCACUCGCCUUCGCUCCAAUGAAACAAGAUCCAUUCAAGUUAACAUAAGCCGAGUUCCUUAUUCACAACCAUUCGUCCCUCCUUUUGGAGCUGUAUCAGAGAUCCACAUCACAAACUUGACUGCGAAUUCAAACACAAGUGUGGCUGUUUCGGCAGAGGCAAGUUCUACACUUCCUCCUCUGCUUAAUGCCUAUGAAGUCUACACUAUUAGUGGUGUGCUAACAGAUGGAACCAACAGUGAUGAUGUGGAAGGAUUAGGGGCACUACAGAAGAAUCUUGAUGUGCUUCAGAAAUGGAGUGGUGAACCUUGUCUUCCAUCUUCAUUUUCAUGGGAAUGGCUCGAAUGCAACUCUGAUGCCUCUCCACGUGUCACCUCAUUGAACCUUGGAAGCUUUGGCUUAUCAGGAACGCUACCAGACUUAAGUUCAAUGAUUGAACUGGAGACAAUCGAUUUGCAUAAUAACAACUUGUCUGGACCAAUUCCCAGCUUUCUCGGUUUAUUGCCAAAACUGAAGUUACUGAAUUUAGCAGAUAAUAGAUUCAAUGGAACCAUACCCAGCUCGCUAUCUCAAAAUAAAAAGUUAAAACUGAUUGUGACAGGUAAUUGUCUAUCUGGCAUGUCAUGUCCACCACUACCGAAUGUUCAAUCAAGUGGAACAGGGAGGAGGAAGGUGACACCGACAUUGGCAGCAACCAUACUCCUUUGUCUUUGCUUUUGCUGUUUCUGGAGCUAAAUCAGUUCCAGGAAAUUUCUCAGCAAUAUAUGCCUCCAUUUUGAGUUCAGAUGGAGAUGUUAAUGACUAUAUAAUGAUAUGUGGUGUGUGUGAAUGUCCUAAAGAGAGUUUAGGAUUUGCAUGGCCACAAAUCCACUGACUCAAUGAGCUAAGAGUUCCACAUGGCAUAUU